AACCCCGUCUUCUUUUACAAUUCGGCAUCCUCUACGAUCCUCUUCCCAUUUUUUCCCCCACACCGCCUUUGUUUUGUGGUUGCCGUCGACAACGCGAUUCGGUCGCCGAUUCCUUUGACCCGCCUCAUUUCCCACACACACACACACACACACAUAUCUCAGCGAUGUCUGAGGUACACUCCAGAUCAGCCGCCCCUCGCGGCAGAGGCUCUGGUCGCGGCGGCCGAGGCGGCUUUGCGACUCGGGGAGGAGGUCGCGCCCGGUCUGCCGCCACCAAUGGCGAUUCCAAGCAUGACACAGAUUCGUCUCUGCCGACACUCGAGGACGAGGGCGAGAUUGGAGAGCUGAAGCAGAAGUAUGGAAGCAAGGUCGCAGUCAUCAAAGAAAUGUUUCCGGACUGGUCCUCCGUCGACAUCCUAUUCGCCCUGCUAGAGACCGACGGUGACGAGAACUUGGCCGUCACCCGCAUUGCUGAAGGAACCAUUUCACAAUGGGGCGAAGUUUCAAAGCCCAAGAAGGACCGCGCGCGUCUCAAGGCCAAGGCCGAUACUUCUACGAAUACAACUGGCGAUUCAGCUCCCACGGGUGGGACCAGGAAUGCCCGAGGUGGCCGUGGUGCCGACAGCGGUCGCGGCCGCGGUAGAACCACUGAGCGCGGUGGUCGUGGUGGUGCGCGUGGCAAGUCGACUCAUGGCACAGCGAAUGGCACCCGAUCCAAGGACAACGAACCUCUCUCCGUCCCGACCGAAGAAGCAUCCGAAUGGAAUACUAAGCCAGCUGAAAAAUCGGCUGCAUCGGGCGAACCUCCCGCAGCAGACUCCGCUCCUGCUACGACAGCUCCUGCUCCGAGCACCACAACCACAACCACAGCCACAGCUGCGAAGCCUGCCACAAUCCCCGAAGGCACAAAAACCACCUGGGCAAGCAUGUUGCGACAAUCAACCGCCCCGAAACCGGCACCGAGGCCGAAAGAAGCUCCCCCCAAGGCUCCCGAACCUGUCAUCGAGCCCUUGCCCCCUGCUGAGCCGACCGAACCUGAGCCCGAGGCUUCGGCUCCUGUCGAAGAACCUGCCCCCGAACCGGAGAAGGAGGCACCCCCCGCUCCUCCUGCUGAACGCGUUACACCUGCCGUCCCUGUUAUCCCCGCGGUACCGGCCGUUCCUAACGUUGUCGUCCCCGAGGUUGCAUUGGCGCCGUCGAAUGAUAAACUUACCGAAACCAAUCUUGACAAGGUCAAGGAUGAUUCACACCCCCCCCUGACUGAAACUGCCGCCAGUGAGGCUGCUGAUUCCUGGGACCCGCAAGCUACGGGUCCCGGUGCGACAGGCACGCCUCUCUCGGCUUCGCAACAACAGCACCAAGCUGGCCGGACCGGUGCCACAAAGCCGUCAGCUCGCGCGCCUGCCCACCAUGCUCGCCGUAUGCUUGAUCAGCGUGAAGCCGUUCGCAUGCCUGGCAACCGUGAUCAGGUUGACAGGGCCGCCGUCCAGUUCGGUGCUUUCAGCCUUAAUGGCUCCAUUGAAGACGACGUGGACGGCGACCGCGAAGAGCCCGUGACUCGCCCCCAGCCUCCCGAAGACUCUCCGGUUGCACACCCCCGGACAUCUCUCCCUCCUGCUCAACCCACUCCUGUCCCCGAAGCAUUCUCUUCCCAGAAGCCGGCGGCUGCCCAAGCUUCCACAGGAACUGCCGCUGCUGCGCCUUCCGCACCGCAGGCCAAUGCCCCUUCUACCUCUCAGGCCGCCGUACAGCCGCCUGCUGCACCGAGCAACCAGCAGUUUGGUCGCUUCGGCCAACCGGCCUCCCAGGAAGCCUCCUCCUUCCCCAGCAGCAAGCCUUUCGAGCCGUUUGGGCAACAGCCAGCCGUUGCCUCCGCCACACAUAACCAGUUUGACGGAGGAUUCCAGGGCCAGGGACAAGCGGCGCAGCCGCCGAGCCAGCAGCAACCUGGAGGGCCGUUCAGCUCCGCCCCUGGCGAUUUCUCGUCGUACUACACGGCGGAUCAGAACCGCUUCAACUACUACAACCAGAACUUUGGCCAGCAGCAGGCGGCCCAGGGCCAGCAGGAUGCCCUGCCGUCUCAACCCCAGCGUUCGUUCAGCGGGUAUAACGCGCCCCAGAACGACAACCUCAGCCAGUAUCCUCAGAGCGGUGCUCAGCACGGGCAGUCUCGUUUCGGCGGCACCAACAACAACGAGUCGCAGAUCAGCGGCACUCCCACGCCUGGGCAAGCUACCACUCAGGCUCAGACCGGCCCGACUGCGCAGGCCCAGUCACACGCCCAGCAGCCUCAUGACUAUCCCUAUAGCAGCCACCCCUACUAUCAGAACCCUUACUACUCCGCCUACAUGAAUUAUCAAGGGGGCUACAACCAGGGCGCCUACGGCGGCCCGUAUGGCAAGGGCGGUCUGAACUACCAACCUAGUCAGUACGGCAUCACCCCUCAGGGUCCUCACGGAUACUCGUCUCCUGCGGCAGGGUUCGGCCAGUCUGCCCUGCACCGGGACAGCGGUGUGGGUGGCGGCCUGGGUGACUAUGGCCGUGCUGGCUCGACCCAGGCGGGCCAGCAGGGCCUCGGUGGCGGAUUCGGCGGCGUUCAUGACACAUUCGGUCGCGGCGGCUCUGCCUAUCAGUCUCAAGGCGGACAGUCGUUCAACGCUCCCGGCUCGCAGCCCGGCGCCGGCCCGUCAGCGGCCGACGAUCUCAAGCCCUUCGGAGACUCCAAGGCUGCCGGCGGACCGAGUCCGUCGCUCGGCGCUGCCGCCCGUCCGGGCUCUGCGACGAACAAUGCGCCCUCGCAGACCGGGCUUCCGCCUCCCCAGUCGAACCAGCAAGGCGGCCUCGGUGGCAUGGGUGGCUACGGUUAUCCGAGCCACAUGCAGCAGGGCCACGGUUUGCACGGCAGCCAAUCUGGGGCCGGCGGCUACGGCAUGAGCGCCAGCGGCGCCCAGAGCCACCAGAACACCUACGGCGCCGGUUAUGCUGGCCAGGGCUUCGCCGCCGGCAGCUACUACGGCAACCCGCCUCGCGGCUGGGGUAACAACUACCACUAGGGGAAUGGCAAAGAUGGUCCCCGCACCCCGGAGCAAGCCGGACAGUUUGCUUCAUUGAUAACGGAAGGCGCAGACAUUUCCAUGGAAAAGCCUAGAUCGAUCUGAUGCAUGCAAGGGUUAGGAGAGAGGCGAUAAGAAACCAGAAUGGGAGGAAGCCGAAAUACCGGGGAUAUCUAAUUGUCGCCGAGGUCCACGUCCGUCGCCGUUGUCUGCGAAGAAGACGAGCGGACUCUUUUCCAUAGGCGAAGAAAUGCGAGUCGAUGAGCUCUGACUGGGAGCUCUAACUCCACUCUCUGCUCUUUUCUCUCUUUCCUUUCUUUUUUUCUUGCAUCUGUGUACGAUUUUCCGGUGGUGGUGGGGAUGAUGGCGUUGGGACGUGUUUCGGGGUCUAUGCCAGUGUGUUUUUUUGGUUGCGUUUGUGUUAAGGUCAGAAAGAAAACAAACUGUCUUACAUGAUCUCUCAUCAACGGGUUAGGGCGGGACGGGCUGGAUGGAUGGGUUGGUGAUUUUGGUGUGGCUGUCAGUCAUUAUCAAGGGAAUCAAUCAAUCGAUCAAUUGGGUUUGGGUGGUUUCAAAGGACACACAACCUGGCAAUCAAACAAGCAUGGCAGUGGUAAGGAGGGCUAUAAUCUCUCUAUGGUGCACCGACUCAUCCACUGGGAAAGGGCAAAAACAGGGAACAGGGAAAAGCAAACUGUGAACGGAUUUGGUGCUCUGGUGCUUCCUGAUUCUGGGCGGCGGCCUGACUCCUAUUAAUCUCGUAAUGCUUUCUCCUGCCAUCUCGCUCGUUUGUUGUCGAGGUCAUUAGCAGACAAUCAAAUCACCAGAUUGACACGAGCACUG